AUGGCUCAGCUCGUCCAUACGCUGGGACCUACGUGUGCCUUCUAUGAGGACGAGCCUGAUGACACUUCCAGCGACGGAUUAAUCCCCCCAAGGGUCAAAGCACAGUUCUUCUACGUAUCCUCGCUCCCGAUCGAUGACCCUCUCUCUCCACUGCCACCAGUGUCUGCGGACAAGGCCACCGAUCUUCCUCCACAACCGUUUUCGGUCCGGGACAAUGCCGCCUUGGAAGAAGCAUGGCUGACUUUUCAGAAAGGCGAUGGAGGGCCUCAGGGUCAAGAAGGAGUGAGCAGAAGGAGGAAUUUGGGACAAGAAGGAAUAUUUUCAUUUUCCCAGCUCCGAGACGCCCCGGGCACCAAGGAGGAUUCACAAGCAACGAAGUCCGGCUCGUCUAGAACGAAAGGUGUUUCGCGUGGGCGUGCAAAAGCCUGCCCAAAAUCACCCUCAUCAGGAUCCGAGGUCAUGCUGGAGCAUGCACACAGCGGUUCUAAGGGCGACACUCAACCGGUUGAUGCUGAAGAGUUGCGGGAAAAUGCCGAGCUCCAGCAACAGCCCAGCAAGGACUCGAGCAAACAUAAGAGGCGGUUUUCACCCUUUCAUCGCCGACACAAGGAAGCAAAGGACAGCCGCGAUGCUCUUCCCAGGCCUGCCGAACUUGCAGAGACGGGUCCACCUGGAACGCAGCCCUUACUGGACCCUUCUUCUGAUAUCAGCGGUCGACCAUUUGCACGCGCGCCUAGUGGGCGCAAUGUCAGUUCUGCGCUAACCUAUGAACCUGGAGAGAACUAUUCUGAUGAAUCAGCAGCCGAGUCGAGAAGUCGUUCUCGGAGUUCGGGUCGUCGUCGCAAGAAGGAAAAAGGAAACGAGAAAGCUUAUGUCCCGGUCGGCGUAUCUCGGUUGCACUUGGUCGAAAUGCCGGAUCUUGUCAUGAAACCGAUAUAUUGGUCCCCCAUCAAUGACACAUCCAACGUGAUUCGGGCCACUUGGUUCUACAAGGACACCAUGUUACCUGUUCCAGCUGACGUGGCGAAUCGUCUAGAAGUCGGCUAUGAGUACAUAAAGCCCUUUGGCCCCGCUUAUCAAGAAGAAUUACAGGCUUGCAUCGAUAAUGGUGCUUCUGCGGAAAUGAAGGUUGUGUACAAGCUGUGGCCUGACGAGCCGAAACCGAGCAGACCUUCCACUGCUUUGGACAUGAAGGAAACGGACGAAAGCGACGGACAGCGGAAGGGGAGCAAGGAUCUGCCAGAAAUCAUCCAGAAUGCUGCUGCAGAUCCUCGAAAUACCCCAGACAAACGGCUCUUCGCGACUCACAGCGUCAUCUACACGGAUGCUCGGAAUGCUCAAAUCUUGAAGCCUAACCUGCUUCCUUCUAUUUCACAGAAUCGCCGCCCUUUGAGUUCCCUUCGGAAAGGGAGACAGAUCGGCGUUGCAGUUGUCCGUGGGUUCGACCGCAAGGCGUGGCUGAAAAUCCAUCCCGAUCCCAAAAUGGACGCUAAGGCAGCUCAUGCGAAGGUCGGAGCCUAUAUGUCUCAAUCAGGAGAUGCCACUACCCGAGGACGGCGAAUGUCAUGCGCAGCUUGCGAGCACGAUAGCAAAGCGCCGAAGGUUACUGACCUUGUCUUUGUCAUCCAUGGCAUUGGGCAAAAGCUAUCAGAAAGAGUAGACAGCUUCCAUUUCACUCACGCCGUGAAUGGUCUGCGACGGGAAUUCAAUGUUGAACUGGCAAGCGAAGUCGUGAAAGGAAAUCUGAGGCAUGGAACGGGCAUCAUGGUCCUGCCUGUGAACUGGCGGUUGACUGUCUCGUUUGACGAGGAUAUGAAGGCUGCUUCCGAAGGCACCGAGAAUAAAUACGCCUUGAAGGACAUCACUCCCGAUACACUCCCUGCUGUCCGAUCCAUUAUCAGCGACGUGAUGCUGGACAUUCCCUACUACAUGUCACACCACAAGGAAAAGAUGACCUCGGCAGUCAUUAGGGAAGCCAACCGAGUCUACCGACUUUGGUGUCGUAAUAACCCAGGAUUUGAAGACUAUGGCAGAGUACACCUGGUUGCCCACUCCCUCGGGUCAGUCAUGGCCAUGGAGAUUCUCAGUCAACAGCCUACUCGACUUGGCAAGGACAUGAAAUUUGAUCCCAAAAGGCCAAGCGAGAAGAUCUUCGAAUUUGACACGACCAACAUGUUCUGCUGUGGGAGCCCUUCGGGCUUCUUCCUGCUUCUUCAUGGCGCCAAUCUGGUCCCGAGAAAAGGCAGGGACAAACCUGGUAUGAAAGGGGAGGAUCGUCAACCGGGGAUUGCCAGCGAAGCAAAAUACGGAUGUCUCGCCGUCGACAACAUCUAUAAUAUCGUCCACAGAAACGAUCCAAUCUCCUAUCUGCAAAACGCAUCCGUGGAUGAACUGUACGCGAAGUCCCUUCAACCGGCAGUUAUACCCAGUGCUAGUGUCAGCUUCAUGACACGCAUCGGCCACAGCCUUCGAUGGGCUUCGGGUACCACGGGUGAUCCGUACUCUGCCAUCGUUUCGCCAGCCCGUCCACAACUCACCCACCUGCCCAGCACUGUGGAACUGGAGACACACAAUUUCACCCGCGAAGAAGUUGCCGAGAAACGUAUGUAUCUGCUCAAUGACAAUGGGCAGAUUGACUGGUUCCUGUCGGCAGGCGCCGGUCCCUUGGAAUUCCAAUACUUGAACAUGCUCAGCGCACAUAGCAGUUAUUGGAUUUUACAGGACUUUGUGAGAUUCUUGGUUGUGGAGAUUGGGAGAGAGCCCGGGAAAAGUCAUACGCUGCCGGCGCUCCGGGCUUUGAAGAGGCGCGAGUACAAGAGAGGCGAUAUUCCUUGA